AUGGAUCCGCCAUGGGAGAAUCUUAGUGUGAAACGCCAACAAAGUUACGUCACAUGUGAAUCGCCUUUAGAAAGUGUCGAUCUGGAAUGUUUGGCAAAUGCUGGUAUGGUAGCGAUUUGGAUCACAAAUCGAACAGGUAUUUUAUCUUCUAAGGAACAGUAA